AGAAAACCUAAUACCAAAACAAUUGUUGUCUCUUUCUCUCUCUAGACCUUAGCGGCUCAUCGUUCAAUGGCGGUGGAAGCGACAAACCAACCAAAACUCCGAUGGGGGGAGCUAGAAGAUGAUGCGGAGGACUUGGAUUUCCUUUUACCACCGAAGCAAAUAUUCGGGCCAGACGAGAAUGGGGUGAAGAAAGUAGUGGAAUACAAGUUUAACGCUGAAGGAAACAAGGUGAAAAUCACUACUACGACACGUAUCCGUAAGCUCGCGAAUGCUAGGCUGAGCAAAAGGGCUGUUGAGAGGCGGUCUUGGCCUAAGUUUGGGGAUGCAGUUCAUGAGGAUGUCGGUGCUCGUCUCACCAUGGUUUCUACUGAGGAAAUUAUUCUUGAGCGCCCUAGAGCCCCCGGUUCCAAGCAAGACGAAGCUAAAGCUGCAGGAGACUCUUUGGCUCAAAUUGGAAAAGCAGGGGCUGUUCUUAUGGUGUGUAGGACCUGUGGGAAGAAGGGUGAUCAUUGGACAUCAAAAUGCCCAUUCAAGGAUCUUGCUCAGCCAAGUGACACCUUCAUGGAUAAGCCACCGUCAGCGGAAGCUCCUGCUGCUGGAGCUGGUCCUCAAAAGGGUGCUUAUGUACCUCCGAGCAUGAGAGGCGGUGGUGCUGAGAGGGGAAGUGGUGGUGGCACUGAGAUGAGAAGAAGGAACGAAGAGAACUCUGUUAGGGUCACCAACCUUUCUGAGGACACUCGGGAGGCUGACUUGUUGGAGCUGUUCCGUCCCUUUGGUCACGUCAGCCGAGUGUAUGUUGCCAUUGAUCAAAAGACUGGAAUGAGCAGAGGAUUUGGUUUUGUCAACUUUGUCAACAGAGAAGAUGCUGAGAGGGCCAUAAACAAGCUGAAUGGUUAUGGUUAUGACAAUCUCAUCCUUAGAGUUGAAUGGGCUGCUCCUAGAACUAAUUAGCUUUCUUUCCUAGGCCAAUACUGUGUUGUUCCCAAAAACUGUUGUUGGGAACCAUAAUUUUGCUUCCUGUAUGUUGUGUUUAAGAAUGUCACUCCUGCCUCAUUUAUUGGAGGAACAAAAGAGAACGUUGUUUCCUUGAUUAUUUGUUCUUCAAAACUGUGAUAUGGUCAUUCUGUCUAGUGCAUAUACAUCUAGCUUUAUUUUAA